ACCGCUGGCACGUUCGACUUGCUUGACAGUCUCAGCAGCCAAUCAUAGGCGUCCGCUGUGCCGAAUGGGCGGGAUUUCCUUUUUCACUACAAUUCUUACGGGUGAACUGGCGGACAUGUCGCUAGGCGACGGUAUCUAAUGACUCACUGGUAACUAAGGCCCAAGACUUCUCGGAGAAGGCGUGGUUGAAGAGGCCAUGAUCAGCUGAUGGGCUCUGUGGUUUCUGAUUGGCUAACAGGGCGAGAGUGCGCUUCCGGAGGGCGAAGGUGGUAAGGGCAAGAGUUGCAGAUGGUCUGAGUACAGGGCAGCGGAGAAGAGUUUGGAUUUCAACAUGGGGGACCUGGACCUGGAUUAUACCAUCGUGUUCCCCGAGCCAGCCCUGCAAGAGUCUCCCUGGGGGAAGCAUCGGGAGCCCGUGGUGAUCAUGCUUGGGUGGGGAGGCUGUAAAGAUCAGUACCUGGCGAAGUAUAGCACCAUCUAUCACGAUCAGGGUUGCAUUGUCAUCAGAUACACGGCAGCCUGGAAGACCGUCUUCAUCACCGAGUCUUUUGGUGUCAGCUCUCUCCGGGAAGAGGCAAAGAAGCUCCUGGAGUUGCUGUUUGAUUACGAGAUUGAAAGCUGCCCCCUGGUGUUCCAUGUUUUCAGCAACGGCGGCUUCAUGCUGUAUCGCUAUAUUGUAGAGCUGCUACACUCCAAUCAACACCUGCGCAAACUGCGCGUCGUGGGAACCAUCUUUGACAGCGCCCCGGGGAACCGCAACGUGCGCGGGUCAGUAAAAGCCCUGGACGCUGUCCUCAAGCCCGCCACUAACGUUGUGUUCCGCUUCCUGGCUUUAGCAGCAUUCGCUCUUAUGGUUAUAGUACUGCGGAUCCUCUUGUACCCACUGACGAGGUUCUUCCACGAGAAUCACUACGACGCCAUGAAAAGUGAUCCAUCCACUUGGCCGCAGCUUUAUCUGUACUCCAGGGCCGACGCCAUGAUCUCCUGUCUCGACGUGGAGAACAUGAUCGCUUUACGUAGGAAGAAACGUCUUCCCACUGAGUCCUUUGACUUUGAAAAGUCAGAGCAUGUCAGCCAUUACCGCAGGUACCCCCAGAAGUACUCUGACAUGUGCAUCACUUUCCUCAAUGACUGCAUCAGAAAAGCUAUGGGCUCCACGUUCAAGAGUGAUUGAUCAGCUCAUCAAGUUGAAGAACCUGGUGGGGGGGGCCCUCUGAUUAAAAUCUUCAUGGUUUAUAUAUCUUAUCUAAAUUAUGGAAAAUUGAACCCAAUUCCAAUGCAAUUAAAGGAGAUACAUAGAUUGGAUCGUAUAGAUGCGUUAAACAUCUAAAAGAUGUAUUUUCAGACCCCGUAUUAAACACAUCAAGUGUGUUUAAUAUCUGCAGAUUACUGCACAGCUACAGAUCCUGAAAUCAUCCAAAUCUUUGGGUUUAUGUAAAAAGAAUACAUACAUGGCGGACAUAGCAAUGAUAUUCUAGUGCAAUAAAACUGAACGGUGUUAAGGGCUCUUAUUGAACAAAGUCUUUUGCGGUGUUAGCAGCUGUGAAUUAAAAUACCAUUUUAUUACGA